CUGGUCGAAAUUGUGUUUCCGCUUUCAGACGCGGUUGCAAAGUUGAUCGAGCCGGUGUCACGAACCGCGGAGGGUUUGCAGAUCGGACUCUCUCAAAGGCUGUUUGAGGUUCUCCCUUCGCUCGACAGAAAGGAGUGUUCAAAUGCUCCGCAGAAAUCGUUGUCAAAGCAGUUCGCAACAUGGAGCACUAUACUGAAUACACCGCCUUACAAUAUCUUGAUCGUCAUAAGUCGAAUAUUCCAGCACCGAAGCCUCUUGGGUAGUGCGUAUGAGUGGGGUUUCUUUGAUAUUCAUGAGCCACAUGGGAUCUACGCCGCUUGGGGAAGUCUGGCACACACUCGACUCUUGUCAAAAGACCUCCUUUAG